AUGAGUGAAGGUGCUGGGAUACGGUUGGGCUGGGUUGCUGAGGAAGUACGUGGUUGAGCCGGCUCACAUGUGGUGGCCCGGCACCUUGGUUCAGGUCUCACUUUUCCGGGCUUUGCAUGAGAAGGAAGAAAGAGAGAAGAAACAGAUGACCAGAGCAAAGUUCUUUCUUAUUGUCUUAGUUUGCAGUUUUUCAUGGUACUUGCUCCCAGGGUACCUCUUCACAACGCUAACAAGCAUCUCAUGGGUUUGCUGGGUUUUCUCCAAGUCUGUCACAGCCCAACAACUUGGUUCAGGCUUGCGAGGACUUGGACUUGGUGCUUUGACACUAGACUGGAGUGCAGUGUCAUCCUUCUUGUUUAGUCCGCUCAUUAGCCCUUUCUUUGCCAUUGUCAAUGUUUUUGUGGGCUAUGUGCUGAUAGUGUACAUUGUAACUCCUAUAGCUUACUGGGGUGUUCACUUGUUCAGUGCAAGAAGGUUUCCCAUAUUUUCCUCACACUUGUUUACAGCUCAAGGUCAACUGUAUGACAUAUUAGCCAUCGUUAAUAACAAUUUCGAGCUAGAUAAAGUGAAGUAUGAGGAGGAAGGACGAAUUCAUUUGAGCGUGUUUUUUGCUCUCACCUACGGGUUUGGUUUUGCCACCAUUGCCUCUACGAUUACGCACGUUGGUCUCUUUUAUGGAAGUAAGCAUAUUUAACGUUGGAAAUCCAAAAUUCAUUUAUAUUUGCUACUUUUAUGAGACAUAUUUCAUAUUCAGCAUUAUUGUAACUUCCUUUUAGAAUUAUAGCAAGAAUGUUCUUCAAUUCUAUUUUUAAGAGAAAUCUUUAAAGAUUAAAUGUUAUCCUAUUAU